UAUUUAACUUCGUUAUAAUAGUUUCGCUUUAGUUACUGUCACUACUGGUAUUAUUGCUUCCACUUUUAAAUUUUAGUUAAGCGAAAAGGGAACUAAACUACUGUUUCGCGAUAAAAGAUCCCGUUUAACGUUAUUGGAUGGCAAUCGGCAGACGACCUUACUCAAUUUCUGCACCUACGUUCAGUGGGUUCCCGGAAGUGAAGUGAUUGUCGCACAAUCCGGCAACACCCUUCAUGUGUGGUGCGUUAGUGAGAAUUAUAUUAUCAAAAUGCUGCAAAAGUACAAUCCAUCUUUACCUGAUCAAGUUACUACAGUUCCUAUUAAAGGAGAAGUCGAAGGUGUUCUACGUGAUGCUGAAAGAACAGAGGUUAUCGUUCAGGUAAAGAUGUUCAUGGAAGAAUUUCAUUACACAUUGAAUGCACUCAGAAUGUUUCUCAUCUACAAUUCGUUCGAACUCCUCGUCCAUCUCGCCGUUAUCUGCGAAAAUUUGUUCUAUGCAGAAUCCAAUGCAAAGGUGGCUUACGAACUUGACAAUGUUCAAAUUGAUUUUGCAUCAGCAAUUGACGCUGGAGAUCUAGAUAAGGCUGCUGCGUUUCUUGAUCAUUAUAAUGUGGACGACUCAUAUACACUUUGGAAUAAAGUCGGUCAAUUGGCUUUGGAACAAAACAACUUCUUCAUCGCACAGCGAUGUUUCGCAGCACUUGGGGAUUUUGCUCGAGCUGUGGCUGUGUUUAGAAUUAUGGAGUUGGCUGAGUUAACGGCCAAGGAACUUGGUGGUGAUGGAAUGCAAUCGUACAAAGUUCGAGCUCGUGUUGCACAGCUGAUGCGAAAAUUUAAGGAGGCGGAGAAGAUUUAUGUAGAACAGAAUGCCAUCGAGGAAGCGAUCGAGAUGUAUCAGACACUUCAUAAAUGGGAUGAAGCGUUGGAACUAGCGAAAGCCACAAACUACUCCGGUUAUGAACAACUCAAGGCGAACUACUAUCGAACCUUAUUCGACACUGGACAGGAUGCUAAGGCAGCAGAGGUAGUUCAAUUAAAAAUUGCCGAUGGUGAUGUCACUGGCGCCGUUCAUCUAUACAUCAAGGCUAAACAGCCUGUACAAGCACUGGAAACUGCUCUUAACGAUUCUUCUCUUGCAAACGAUCAUUCGUUGAUGACGUCGAUUGGGUCACAGCUUGUGCAAUCUCAGAUACUGGACAAGGCAGGCUCUAAGAUAGCCGGAGAGCUCUAUGAACAUAUGAAGGAUUUUGAAAAGGCACUUGAAUGCUAUACAAAAGGAAAAGCCUUUGGCAAAGCCGUGCAGCUUGCUCGUUUCUCGGCUCCAGAAAAAGUUGUGACAUUAGAAGAGCAAUGGGGUGACCAUCUGGUAUCUGAAGGGCAACACGAUGCCUCCAUCAAUCAUUUUCUAGAGGCGAACAGCCUUACAAAGGCAGCUGAAGCCGCUAUACAAGCCAGGGAAUGGGGAAAGGCAGUGCAGAUUGUAGAUGUUAUUCAGGAUUCUACAUUAUCUAGUGAUUUAUAUGGUCGGAUAGCUGCGCAUUAUGCGGACACUGACGAACUUGACAGAGCUGAACGACUGUAUCUUGAAGCGAAUCUUCAUAAGGAAGCCAUUGCCAUGUACAUAAAGCAUAACCGAUGGGCAGACGCAUAUCGAGUAAGUGAUAACUAUAAAACAAAAUUAUUUGUCUCCAUUGGUAUGUCAAAUCGUGCCGUGCUGAUGUACAAAAACGCUGAACGAAACGAUGACGUCAUUCGACUUGUUGAAAAGUACCAUGGGGAACAUCUACAGGAUACUCAUAAGAGACUUGGAAUGGAGCACGAAGAACGCGGUGAUCUGCGUCUUGCUGAAGAAGAAUAUUUGAGAGCUGGAGAUAUUAAGGCUGCUAUCAAUAUGUAUCGUGAAAAAGAGAUGUGGACGGAAGCACAUCGUCUAGCAAGAACUGAGGGAGGUGAACAAGAACAAAAGCAGGUUACAUUACUUUGGGCAAAAAGCCUUGGUGGUGAGGCUGGUGUGAAGCUGCUUAACAAGUACGGAAUGCUUAAUGAAGCUAUUGAUCACUUCAACAAAAUCUCAUUACCACGACGAAUCUCGAGUUUCAGAACGUUUGAUUUCGCAUUCGAACUUGCUCGCCUUGGCGCAAAGGAAAGAUUGCCUGGGGUUCAUAUGCGUAUGGCGGUACAAAUGGAAGAAGAAGGUCGUCUUGACCAAGCUGCUCAUCAUUUCAUAGCAGCUGGAAAGCCGGUUGAAGCGGUUGGAAUGUACAUUCAUGCAUGUGACUGGAGAAAUGCUGAACAAAUAGCUAAGUCAUUUUUAAGAGAACAUGCUCCAGAAUCGUUGCCAGAUGUUUUCAUCGCUGAAGCUCGUAAAGCGUUGGAAGACGAGGACAACACCCGUGCGGAAAGUUGCCUUUUGAGAGCAAAUCGACCAGAUAUCAUACUUAAAUUUUAUCGAGAGAACGCCAUGUGGCCUGACGCUUUGCGCAUAGCUAAAGAAUACUUACCCCAUCAAUUACUACAGUUACAGGAAGAAUUUGAGCAAGUUGAGCUUCUGGGAGGUGGGCGUGGCGUGAAUUCAUUACUAGCACAAGGUCGCGCUUUCGAAGAACGGCGAGAAUGGGCUAAAGCUGUACAAGCCUAUCUGAAAAUAAAUCACUCCACUACGAAUGACGAAUCGAUGAUCAUUGAUGCUGUUAUGAAAUGUGCCGACCUUGCUUUAAGGUUUUUGGCAUCAUCUGACGAAGAGAUGGUGAUAAAAGUCCUAGACGCUCUCGAAUCGAACAACUGUUACGAAAAAAUGGCCGAAUUAUUACUAGCCAUUGGACAAAAUCGCCAAGCAGUUGUUGUACUGACCAAAUCACGGCAGUGGUCGAAGGCUAAGCAGGUAGCCAUCGAGUUCGUUCCGGACAUGGUUGCAGACGUUGAGGCUCAGUAUAAGGAAUGGCUAACAGAGGAAGGGCGGGUUGGUGAACUAAUCGACGUCGAUGUCAUCUCAGCUAUCGAGCUUCUCAUCGCCAAAGGUCACUGGGAUAAAGCUCUAGAUACUGCUAGGCAACAAAAGCACAAACCUCUCCUUGACAAAUAUGUGGCCCAGUACGCUGCCGAACUACAUGCCCAAAACAACGUCGAUCUGAUGCUGAAAGUGUUCGAGAAAUACGGAGCUUCAUCAAAUCCAGCAAACUUCAAUAUCUACAAAGCCAUCGUAGAUAAGAUUGUUGCUCAAUCAUUCCAUAAUCCUGCAGAGGAGUAUGCUCAACUUAGUCCAGUUAGAAACCUUUUUCUUUCCGUCUGUGAACAACUUAAAAAAGAAAACUCUGAAAGCAAAGAGAUUUUCGAAAGCCAGUCUGAUGCAAUUAUGAAUUCGCAGGAGAUUCAGACACUGGAUGCAAGUAAGCUUCGCUUGCAGCAAUCGAUUUCCCUGCUACGCUACUCAGAUCUCAUUCCUGCCGAUCGAGUAUUUUUUCAAGCAGGAAUGGCCUCUAAGGAAGCUGGUGGAGACUAUACAGGUUUAGCGUUUUUGUUACUAAAUCAUUACCUUGAUCUUGUCGAUGCUAUUGAGGAAGGUGAGUUUCGCUCAGAGCUUCAUUAG